CUGGCCUCUGCACCAGUGGCUUUGUCUCACACUGUCUUCAGUGACAUCUAUGUCAACGGGGUUCCACAGGGCGAUGGAGUUGCUAUGCGCAUGAGCAACGACCCACCACGCUCCACUUAUCCCAUUCGCAGCCUUGGCAGUGACGACAUGGCCUGCAAUGUCGGAGGAACGAAGGGUGUCUCUCGUGUACAGUCGGUCCCGGACGGUGCAACACUCACAUUCGAGAUCCGUGCUUCACCCAAAGAUCCCUCCAAGGGGCGCCUUGAGCGCGGCCACAAGGGUCCUUGUGCUGUCUACCUCAAGAAGGUUGCUUCCGCCAUUGAGGACAAAGGUGCUGGUGAUGGCUGGUUCAAGAUUUUUGAGCACGGCUACGACUCCUCUAGCGACAGCUGGUGCUCCGACAAGGUCAUCGACAACAACGGCCUCCUCAACGUGAAGAUUCCCACUGGUCUUGAGCGUGGUUAUUACCUCGCCCGUCCGGAGCUCCUCGCUCUCCACAACGCUAAAGACGGCGACCCUCAGUUCUACACUAGCUGCGCCCAGAUCUUCCUUGAGAGCGACGGCAACCUCGUCCCUGAGUCCACGGUCUCUAUCCCCGGAUACGUCGACUACGGCCAGCCCAGCACCAGCUUCGACAUCUACAACCGUGACAAGUCGACCUACGAGCUCCCCGGUCCGAAGCUCGCAAAGCUGACCGCCAAGUCUGCUCAGAACGCCAAGUCCGGCCAAACCACCCAAACCGAGGGCCAGAAACCCACCGGCUGCCUCGUCGAGAACGCAAACUGGUGUGGUGUCGAAGUUGCCGACUAUAGCGACGAGAAGGGCUGCUGGGCCUCCAGCAAGCAGUGCUGGCAGCAGGCCAAUAAGUGCUUCGAUACUGCCCCCAUCACAGGAAGCGCAGGCUGCAAGCUCUGGCAGACCAAGUGCCAGGGCAUCAACGACGCAUGCAAAGCCCGCAAGUUCCAGGGCCCGCCUAACAAGAACAGGGUCCUUGUGCAGGAGAAGAAGAAGAUUAAUGUCGGCGCUAUGCUCUCGGGUGGCAUCGACUCGUCCAACGUUGACACAACCCCUAAGGAGACUCCUAAGAAGACUUCUACUCCCCCCACUAAGGCGACCAGCGCUGUGCCCGUUGCGCAGAAGCCCGUCGCUACUUGUUCAUCCUCCGCCGCCGCACCAACCAACAACAUUGGCGACUACUCUACCCCCGACAUUAUCGGUUCGGAUGAGGAUCCUGCGCCUAGUGAGCCUAAGUCCAGGGUCGACGCUGAGGCGCCUAAGGCUACAUCCACCCAGAAGUCACCCUCCUACGACGCCGCGCCUGCACCUACACCUGCUCCUGAUGUUCCUUCGUCCGAAGGCGGCCGCUUCAGCUGCAGAGAGGGCGUUGUCUGCGUCACUAUCACUGAAAUCGAGACCGUGGUAGAGUAUGUAACGGUCACUGCU